AUGUCACUUUCUUCCACACAACAGAUUAAUAGCUUUAAUAGUAAUAAUUAUAUUCAAGUUAAGCCGAAUAAAAUGAUUCGUGCUGAACUUCUACGGAAAGACACCUUACGACAAAGGAAUCCGCAAUAUGUUCGAACAAGGCCUAAUAAGAUAGUUCGAACCAUAUCAUCUAAGCCUAUCGUCGCUCCCGUUCGGUCAGUUACCGACGUAUCCGCCGCAUCGGACAAAGCCUCUACUAAAACAGAAAAAGCCCCGUCCGCUGUUACCGUUCCUGAACAAACUGAUAAAUCCCUCGCACGACAAGUACGUUACUCCCCCGUGAUCCGGUCUUUAGUUCGAGGUAGCUCCUCGAAUCUUCAACGGCCGCGCCAAACUUUAUUCAGACCUCGUACCCGUUCCAAUAAAUACACUCGCUCAGAUGUAGAUAAAAAGGAGAAUAAAAAAGAGGAUAGCUCAAGUCGACAAACUUCAAAUCCUCCAUUCAAGACUAAAUUG